UCAUCUGAAUCGUAGAACGCAAAACUUUCUAUACCAAAUAUUAUAGUGUCGUUUUCAGUUCCAAUCUCCGUGUUAAAAUAAGUUUAUGUAGCUUAUAAAUCCUAACAAUUCGUUAUCGCCCUUUCCAGGCAAAAAUCAACAAUUCUACAUCAUUUUAGGUCAAUUGGGUCAACAGAAAUCCUUCUGGCUUGUGGCGAUUCUCGUCUGAAGAUAAGUUAGUACAGAAGUUUAGUUAUAGCAGAUGUGGUGUGGUUCAUAAAGUGGACAUGUAUUUCUUCAACAAUAAUAAUCGGAACUCCGAUGUCAAAGUUCAAAUUGUGCCUAUGCAGGCUAAAACAUUAACACAUCUCCCGAAGAGGCCUAAAGUGGAUUUGGCAUUCUCAGAUCUAUCAUACACUGUGAUCCAGGGGUCAAAACCCAAGACAAUCCUGAAAGAUGUGGGUGGACACUUCCGGUCUGGGGAGUUGACAGCAAUUAUGGGACCUUCAGGAGCUGGCAAAUCGACAUUGUUGAAUAUUUUGACAGGUUACAAGACGGAAGGAAUGAAAGGACAAAUUCUCAUGAAUGAUUCUCCCAGGGACAUUAGCCGCUUCAGAAAAUUAUCUGCCUAUAUUAUGCAAGAUAAUCAGUUACACGGUAAUUUGACAGUGGAUGAGGCAAUGAAUGUGGCUGCCAAGCUGAAGAUCGGCAGCAAAAGCCGCACAGAAAAGGAGAAAAUUAUAAACGAAAUUUUGGACACCCUAGGGCUGAUCGACCACAGGAGAACGAUGACCAGUGGUCUCUCCGGAGGACAGAAAAAAAGGAUGUCGAUUGCGCUCGAGUUAGUAAGCAAUCCUCCUGUGAUGUUUUUCGACGAGCCAACCAGCGGACUGGACAGCUCUUCAUGUUUCCAAUGCAUAUCUCUACUGAAAACCCUGGCCGCUGGCGGCCGGACCAUAAUCUGUACAAUCCACCAGCCUUCCGCUCGACUCUUCGAGAUGUUCGACCAACUGUACACCUUGGCCGACGGUUACUGCGUGUACCAAGGUUCCACGAAACAGUUGGUGCCGUUUUUGGGCACCCUAGGCCUACAAUGUCCCUCCUACCACAACCCGGCCUCGUACAUCAUCGAAGUGGCUUGUGGGGAGUACGGAAACCAUAUCAGAAAAUUAGAAAACGCCAUCGGCAACGGUAAGAACGAUAUCAGGGACGGGAUGGCCUUCCCAGACUUGAAAGCCGUAGAAGGGCUCAACAACACGAACGAAUGGAACAAUGGUAACGGAAAUAUCAACCCACCUGUGUACGGUUUCAACGAAAACAUUGCCGUUGAUAAGAAGAUUGAAAAGAGCGUUGCACCUAUAGCAAACGAAAAGGAGAAUGCCACAGUGGAAACAACUCUCCUCGACGAAGUUGUACCCAAAAACCAGCCCCGUUAUGGAAAUUCCGAAUUCCAACAAUUCUUCAUCAUCCUCAAACGUGCUUUACUCUUCAGUAGAAGAGAUUGGACUCUUAUGUACCUCCGAUUGUUCGCUCACAUCCUCGUGGGUAUUUUAAUCGGUGCCCUUUACUUCAAAAUUGGAAACGAUGGUGGAAAAGUUUUGAGUAAUCUUGGAUUCUUGUUCUUCAACAUGCUGUUCCUCAUGUACACAUCGAUGACCAUCACAAUUCUUUCGUUCCCUCUUGAAAUGCCUGUUUUACUGAAAGAACAUUUCAACAGAUGGUAUUCCCUGAAGUCGUAUUAUCUGGCGAUAACAAUAUCCGAUAUACCUUUCCAGACUGUGUGCUGCGUUCUUUAUGUAACAAUUGUUUACUUUAUGACAUCACAACCUAUGGAUUCGGCAAGAUAUGGCAUGUUUUUGUUAGCUUGCCUUUUGGUAUCUUUUGUAGCUCAGAGUGUGGGUCUGGUCGUUGGUGCUGCUAUGAAUGUACAGAACGGCGUUUUUCUUGCUCCUGUUAUGUCUGUACCUUUCCUACUCUUCUCUGGAUUCUUUGUAUCGUUUGAUGCCAUUCCGAUUUAUCUCAGAUGGAUCACUUACUUAUCGUACAUCAGAUAUGGUUUUGAAGGAACGGCCCUUGCCACUUAUGGUUUCAACAGGACAAAACUUGAAUGCAACCAAGCUUACUGUCAUUUCAAAGAUCCUUCAACAACACUCGAGGAACUAGACAUGCAAAAUUCCCAAUAUUCUCUCGACAUAAUUGCUCUUGUUGUUAUAUUCCUUAUUUUGAGGAUAGCAGCCUUCUUAUUCUUAAGAUGGAAACUGCGAUCCAAUCAUUAAUUUUACGACUGAAAUUAACACUAUAUUAGGAUGUAGGUUUUUUGAAGGUGACAAAAGGUUUAUUUAUGUUUGGUAAAAUUAGAUAAAUUACAUUGUAGGUCCUUUUGAUAAUAACCUUUUCAGACAUAUUUUUCAUAAUAAUGUUGAUACCUUAAUUUUUUAUUCAAUGUUGCAAAUUUUUCAUUGUUGAAUGAUGACAUAACAAUCAGAGAUGCUAAGUUAUAAGGAAUUGAAUUAUCGCGUUGUAUUUUCUACAUAGGUUUAGUUCUUGAGAUUUGUUUGUGUGAUAGAAUGUUAGGUAGGGCUGUGAUUGAAGACAAAAAUGUUAUUUAUAUACAAUUCCGAACUUGCCUGAUGAAUAUUUUGCCAAUUUUAUGAUAUUUCAGAGCCAAAUCGUAUAUUUGUGUUUUUAUAUAAAAAAAAGUAACACAUUUGUAAAAUUAUUGAUGAUUAAAUAUAUAUUGUAAAUUGGAACCAGUACAAGUAAAAAAUUUGAAAUAAA